AUGUCUGGACGCUCUGUACGAGCGGAGACCCGAAGCCGUGCUAAAGAUGAUUUCAAAAAGGUGAUGGCCGCAAUUGAAAGAGUACGAAGAUGGGAGAAAAAGUGGGUCACCGUUGGCGAUACGUCUCUGAAGAUCUUUAAAUGGGUUCCUGUUGUGGACACUAAAGAGCAGAAAGACAAGAGCGUCCUGGGCCGAGCGGUCCGGGACUGCUACACCGACGGCCCGGAGUCGGAGAACACCAACCCAGCUCUACUCGAUUUCCAAGAUGAGACCAGUAACCAGAGCUCUCUGUCGGACGCCUACCAGCCCAAGGUGGACAACAGCAGUAACUCGGUCAGCCCCCUGCCCAGCGAGCCCCUCAGCCCCGCCAACAUAGGAGACUUCCACGCUGACAGCUCCCAGCCCCCGAUGCUCGGCCACGAGGCCUCGGAGGACUCGUCGCUGGCUUGUGAACUUGCCGAUGAACCUCCAACAUUAAUCAAAGAAGAGCUGUUGCCUGUCGCAGCACAGGAUGAGGAGGAUUCAUCUGGCGCCCCACCCCUGAAGAAGGCCUGCACUGAACAGAGCUCCGGCUUGGCCGUCCCUCUGAUGAGAUAAUAAAGGUCCUGCUGAAAUCACUGUUUAUGCAUUACGUCACUGGAUUCUGCAUUAUAACUCUGGAAAAAUGAUGAUGUUUUUGGUUGUUUUGAUGUAGUUUGAUUAUAUGACUAUACAUAUGAACAUUGUACAGAUUUCUUUGAUAAGCAAACAUGCUCUUUAUAUUGAUUCAGUUAUUCUUCAUUUUGUUCAGAAGUAGUGCCAUUCAGAUGGCCUAUGUACAAUCCAGUUAGUCUCUUGCUGUAAUUUAUACUUUCAUAACAUUUUGUUGUCGUCCAGACUAAUGGUAUAAAAUGUCCUGAGCAUGUGGGUAACACUCACAAAUGUAAUAGAAUUGUAUUUUUCCAGAGGGUGGUAGGCCUACCUAUACAAGUAUCUACUUUUACAAACCAGCAUUUGGAUGUAGGACUUUCCUUUUUUUAUUCUAUGCAAUUACAUUCAAAUUAAAUUAAAUCAGACUUUUAUAUUUAAUUAAAGGUGAAUUUUACUGAAAGAAAUG